AUGAAGAUCCUUGUUGUGCUGAUUUGGAUGCUAACCGCUGGUUCUUCUGCGGAAUUCAACAGUUACGUCGUUCCUCAACCUCAACCUAAUGCUCAGGUUUGUACUUGAAAAAUCCUCGGAAGCCAGUCAGUUCUUCGCGGCUGAACGUCGAGUUCCAAAAAGAGAUUCACUUGGCACUUGAGAAUGAGUGAUUUAUGUGAAGUGUCAUUGCAGCGUGACCAGCGAUAUGACAUCAGUCAGCACUACGACUACUUGCUGGAGGACACCGAUGGUCCGCUCGGCCAAGGAGCACCACCAAACAAGUACAGAUCUGCGGUAACUCUGAUCAUUCGGAAUCAGACCGACAUCUUCUCACUUUUCAGCAUCACGGUCCUGUUCAGUCUCAGACCGAUGCUUCUCAGUCGGAGACGUAUGCACAGACGAACACAGAAUCCGUGUUCAGUUCAGGGUGAGAAUCAGUUUCUGUCAGUUGUUGGAAUACUAAUCGGAGAGUUAACCUAUUCACUUUCAGAGGCGUCGAUUCCUACGGGUAUUUUUCUUUUCCGAACUUACGCUAAUCCCUCUUGCUCUGCCGUUUCUCAUAACUGCAUGGCUUUGCGCUUUUUUGUUUACAGGGAUCUUGAAAUCGAAAGUAAUGUUAUUUAAUUUCAGAGAGACUCGUGACUUUCUGCAAUUUUUGAGGAGGAUCCAGUACGAUCAUCGCCAAGUUCCAGAGAACGAUAAAGGAGAAGCCACACACGUGGAAGUGUCCGUCGUCGUCAGUAACAUUCGUGCAGUAUCUGAAGUCACCAUGGUACUCUUUGCAACCUCUUUUAUUCUUUCACAAUAUUCAUUUCAGGACUACGCACUCGAACUGUUCUAUCGAGAAUCGUGGCGAGAUCCUCGUUUGCGGUACGACCGGAAGUUGUUCAGGAACAAGACGGAACUGGCGUUGCACGAGAGCUACACCAACUUUUUGUGGUGUGUUUGCAAUCAGCUAAAGUAGAAGCCGAACGGAAUAAUUCGGUUUUUGCUCAGGUUCCCGGACACGUUCGUUCCGAAUGCAAUCGCCUCGAAAAACCCGCAACGGAACUCAAUUUCGCACAGAAGUUUGUUGCGAUUGGACGAGACUGGCAAGCUGCUCUACAGCCGAAGAAUUUCGCUCGUUUGCGAGUGCAGUGAGUUGGGAACGGAAAGGAAGAAGAAGAUAUUAUGAAAGUGUGAUUGCAGCCAUGGACUUGACAUUGUUCCCCUUCGACAAGCAGUUGUGUAAACUCGGAAUUGAGAGCUGUAAUUAAAAACAAAAGCUGCUGAGAACUGAAAAUGUUUGCAGAUGGGUACACGGCUGAUCAUGUCGUCUACAAGUGGUCAAAAGGAGCAAGAACUGCUCUCGAGCUGAAAAAGAUCCGUCUGCCCGACUUUACAAUUCAAGAAGCUUACGUGACGAGUCAAAUGGAAAGUUAUGCAACAGGUAUGCUCAUUUGUCAUUCAAAUGCUUUCUAGACGUGACAUUUCAGGAAACUACUCUCGUUUGUAUGUCUGUUUUGUAUUCUCCCGAUCGUCUGGCUUCUGUUUCCUUCAACUGAUAAUUCCUUCGACGGCUGUUGUCAUCACUUCAUGGGUCUCUUUGUGGAUGGAAACUGAAACGGAGUUCCAGGUGUCUAUACCAUUUUUUUUGUGAAUACCAUUCAUUUUCCUUUCAGGACAUGAUUUCUAUCAUUCUUGCCAUCACUUUUCUCAUUUUCUCCUACAACGAAAUGAUGCCACGUGUCAGCUACAUAAAAGCGAUGGACAUUUAUCUGGGAGUCUGCUUCAUGAUCGUCUUUCUUUCACUGAUCAAACUGGCGCUCGUGAAGUACAUGCGCCAGAAGAUCAUGAUGACGUGAGUGAAACAAUUGGCACCCAUCAGAAGACGUCAGUUUUAGAAGCGACAGCGGGAACUCCAUCCGGGAGUUGACGCAGAUGUCAACGAGACAACGGCUGAGAGCACGGAAGACGUCGAGCAUGAACUUCCGGAACAACACCGGUUCGUUUUCGAAGCAGAGAAAGCAUUUGAAUCGUCGUUUUAGCCAGUACAAUAACUCGUGACGUGGCAGAAGAGCAGCAGACGAUGCUCACCGUUCCCAAUGGAGAGGACAAGGAAGCGAACAAUAACAGUGAGUUUGAGAUGGCCAAAGUUCACAGAUAUUGUCGUUUCCAGAAGGGCAUACUUCUAAAAUGCUAGACAUCCGGAUUACACAACGGACAAUGCACCGAUUCCAUUGGAUCUCCCAGGUAACAUUCGAAUGUUCUUCACCUGGGAAAUGUUGUUUCAGAUGCUUUUCUUUUUUGGCUUCGUCAUUUUCUGCCUGUUCUACUUCCUGAUCUAUCCGAAUCUGCACAUUGUGAGCGUGGAUCCCGCCUGUGACAAAGUUCUUGCCGAGUGGUUCGCUGAGAUUCUCUAG